GAAUAAGACACAGGAUAUAUCUAAAACUUUCAGAUUAUGUCACUCUGGUCAAGAACAGACAAAGAGAAUACUUCCAGUGAAAACAUUAAACGAAAAUCUACUGAUGCAGAUCUCUCUCAAGAAAAGAAGAGGUUCAAGAAAGAGAGCGUUCUUUGUGAGAAAUGUGGAAAGACCUUCAGAAACAACUUUGACUUAAAUAGACAUAUGAAAUCGCAUAGAGAGUAUAUGUGCACAAGCUGCACUAGAUCAUUUGAUUGUCGAAAUGCGUUAAAAUCUCAUAUGUUCCGCAAACAUAGUCAAUCAGGGGGGGCUGAACCUGAUCAAAUCGAGCAGGAAUCUAAUCAUAGCAAUGAUGAAGAAGUACAUGAACAAGAUCACCAACCAUGGGAGAAUGAAGAUGGAGAGAUCGAUCAAGAUCUUAAACAAAUUUAUGAAUCUCACGGACGUGUCAUAAAACUGGAUCACUCGAGGGGCACUAUUCAGGAUGUAUAUAAUUUUCAUUUAGCUGAUGGACAAUUGUCUUACAACCAAGUCAAUGAACAAUUGAACGAAAUAUUCAAUGAACAGAAGCAUGUUUUCAAAAUUUCUCUUUCUUUGGGGUUUGUUCUAAGAAACAUAGAGACUAAUCAAUUACGAUAUUUCUAUCCACACAACAAUGAGGGGCUAUUAUCUUCCCCCAUACUUAUUUCUGACACCGAAGAUUUAGAGGAAUUGAAACGAAAAUUAAAUGAUUUGGACUUCAUCAAUUUAGUUUUUAAACUAAGGCCAAAUACUAAAUGGUCAG